UUAUCUGUGAAACUCGUGCUAUUAAAUUAUCCAAAAGUUGAAGAGGAUCAUCUCAUCGAUUCUGUCAUGUUCGCUUUUCCGUGAUGUUCGUUGUUAUUUUUACUGUUCAUUAUUAUUUUUAAUUGCUAUUAUUGUAGUGAUUCACAUUCACGAUGUGUUACGUACUGUCAAGACGGUACAUAAAAAGGGAUAAGAAAAGAAACGUAACGCGGUCUUUUGUUCAAGCCAUCUUGAUAGUAAGCCAAGGGAAAACCUAAUCAUUUGAGAUUAAUUGAAAUAAAACAGUCAGUAUGAUAAAAGAAUUACUAAUUUUUGAACCUGUCUUCCUAAAACUGACGGUCCCCAGACUGUUUUUCUGUUAUGUCGCAGACAGUUUAACACUGGACCCUGAAGUCUCAAAGGCAAAUGCCUAUGGUUUCACCGGCUGCAUGUCUUCUGUUUGGUAUAACCACAUCGCUCCCCUGAAAGCUGCCUUACGCCAUCCCAGCAUUGCUCCCGUGACAGUUAAGGGUUCCUUGACUGAAUCCAGCUGUUCAUCCCUAGCAGAAGCUGACGUGAACACAGCAACCACCAUAUAUUCCUCUUCAGAUCCGUUCGGGAAGACAGACGAAAGGGAGCCUCUCACCAACGCGGUCAGAAGCGAUUCUGCUGUGAUUGGAGGUGUAAUAGCAGUUGUGAUAUUCAUCAUCUUUUGCAUCAUCGCCAUCAUGAGCAGAUUCCUCUAUCAGCACAAACAGGCACAUCGAAGUAGCCAGACAAAGGAGAAGGAAUACCCAGAAAAUCUUGAGAGCUCUUUUAAAGCUGACAUUGACUUGCAGAACACAGUGAGCGAAUGCAAACGAGAAUAUUUUAUUUGAUGGACAAUGCAAUUUCUUUUUACUCUUACUCCCCUGAACUUCCUUCCUCCCUUCCU